AUGUACAUUUAUUUUGGAAUAGGUGUUUCACUAAUUUUAUUAUACACUUUGGUGAUUAAACCAUUAAUCUCGCUUUUGUUGAUCAAAAUUAAAUUUGGAAAACAGGCAAAAAUUAUUUUCUACCCUAUUUUUGGAGACAUUAUAGAAAUCGAAGGCUCCCUUAAAAAAUACAACGAUCAUUAUGAAUCAUUAAGAAGAUACUUUACAGAGAAUAAAGACUUAAAAUUUAUUUUAUUAAAUGUCUUCAAAACUCCUCUCAUCCUAAUUGGAGACCCUGAAAUUAAUAAAAUGAUACACACUGAUCAUGAAAACUAUAAAAAAAUAGAUUUUCUAAAUAAUAAGUAAAAAAUAUCUAUAUAAUAAGUUCUCGUCUUAUGGGAUAGGGUUUACUGUAUUAGUCUGGUUAGAAAUGGAAGAGUCAAAGAAAAUUAUUGGGAAAGCCAUUUGAUUAUGACAAGCUGAAAGCAAGAAUUCCAAUGAUGAAUUAGGUCGUCAAACAAAAAUUGGAAAAUACUUAUAACAAUCCUUUAGAUUUAACCAGAUCUAUUGCAGGGGAAGUUGUAAUACAAACAUUCUUUGGAUAAGAGGCCUAAAAUGCAUAACUUAAUAAUAGGGAGGCUCAAUCUGAAAUUGUGGAAUUGUUUAAUGAUGUGGCAGAAGCAAUUUAUGGAUCUUUGUAUGGAUUUAUGAAAUGGAUGAUUCUUGGAGAAAAGCAAUGGAAGAUAUUUCCUAAUAAAUUAGAAAGGGACAUCAAUAGGAGAAUUGAAGAGCUUACUGAAUUUGCUCGAAAGGUUAUAGAUGAUAGGAUUACAAAAAUAAACCAGGAAGGAUUUAAGAAAAAUGAAGACGAUUUUGAUUUCUUGGAUAUUCACUUAAAAGAGUUUUUAGGAUCUAAGAAUGAAAGUGGAAUCACCAAAGAUGAAAUAAUAUCUUAGUUUAUUACUUUAUUUUUUGCUGGUACUGAUACUACAUCAAGUGUUGCCGCUAUGAGUUUAUUUUAUUUAGCUUAGCACCCAGAUGUUUAUGAUGCAUUGGUUAAAGAACUAGAGAAUGUAGUUGGUGAUGGUGAUGUUCUUGAUUAGCAUCUUUCAAAACUAUUAGAAUUAAAUUCAUUCAUUUGGGAAGUAUUGAGAGUAAGAAAUCCAGCCAGUGGACCAUUAGUAAGAAUGGCUAAGUAAGACUUAGUGUUGAAAGAUUUGCAUGUCAAAAAAGGAUGGAUUUUAAUGCCAGCUAAUUUUGUGUAAUAAUAAACGGAUAAGUACUUUGACAAUUAUAAAGAAUUUGAUCAUAAAAGAUUUUUGAAGGCUUAAGCAAUAAAAGAAGAUAAUGGUUUUGUUAAUAUUCCAUUUUCUGCAGGCCCUAGAAAUUGCAUUGGACAAGUAAUUUAACAUACUUAAUAUAUUUAGCAUAUGGCACUCAUGGAAAUUAAGGUCAUCUUAUGUCAUAUUUUAAGAACCUUCAAAAUUAUCGUAGUGCCAGAUAAGAUGAAGAAUUUGAAAUGGAAAGCAAAGUUUUUGUAUUUCCACGAACCAUUAGAUUGCAUACAAUUAGUCAAAAAAUGA